AUGCCUUCAGCAGCUCUUUGUGCGCGCUCAUUGCGUGCCUAUGCUCGUCAUGGCUCCAACCACACUGCCAUUCUUGCCCGCGCAUUCUCUGCCUCAGCGCGGAGGCCAGAGAUCAACAAGGUCUACCCUUCAGCCACCGAGGCUCUCAAGGACAUGAAGCCCAACUCCACACUCCUCUGCGGCGGUUUUGGUCUCUGUGGUGUCCCUGACACUCUCAUUGACGAGGUUCUGAAGAAGCCUGAGAUCACCGGCAUCACCGCCGUCUCCAACAACGCCGGCACAGACACUUCUGGCCUCGGCAAGCUGCUGAAGACGAAGCAGAUCAAGAAGAUGGUCGCCAGCUACAUUGGCGAGAACAAGACAUUUGAGAAGAUGUACCUGACCGGUGAGGUCGAGCUCGAGCUGACCCCCCAAGGCACCCUUGCCGAGCGCUGCGCCGCCGGCGGCAAGGGCAUUCCUGCCUUCUACACCCCGGCUGCCUUUGGCACCGUUGUGCAGACCGGCGAGCUGCCCCUCCGCAACAAGCCCGACGGCUCGGCCGACCAAUUCUCCUACCCGAAGGACGUCAAGGUCUUCAACGGCAAGUCGUACCUCCUCGAGCACAGCAUCGCUGGGGACUACGCCUUCGUCAAGGCCUACAAGGCCGACAAGCUCGGAAACUGCCAGUUCCGCCUCGCCGCCAACAACUUCAACGGUGCCAUGGGCCGCAACGCCAAGAUGACCAUCGUCGAGGCCGAGCACAUUGUCGAGCCCGGUGAGAUCUCUCCAGAGGCCGUCCACCUUCCUGGCAUUUACGUCAAGCGCGUCAUCCAGAGCACGAGCGAGAAGAACAUUGAGAAGUACACCUUCGCCAAGGACGAGAACGAUGCCGACGCCAAGAAGGCCCUCGGCACUGGCGACACCGCUGCCAAGCGCGAGCGCAUCGUCCGCCGCGCCGCAAAGGAGUUCAAGAACGGCAUGUAUGCUAACCUUGGCAUCGGCAUGCCCAUGCUGGCACCCGGCUUUGUCGGCCCCGAGGUCGAGGUCCAGCUGCAGUCCGAGAACGGUAUCCUCGGCCUGGGCCCGUACCCCAAGAAGGGCGACGAGGACGCCGACCUCAUCAACGCCGGCAAGGAGACCGUCACACUCAAGCCCGGUGCCGCCGUCUUUGGCAGCGAGGAGAGCUUCGGCAUGAUCCGCAGCGGCCGCAUCAACCUCACCAUCCUCGGUGCUAUGCAGGUCAGCGCCAAUGGCGACCUCGCCAACUGGAUGUUGCCUGGUAAGGUCAAGGGCUUCGGUGGAGCUAUGGACCUCGUCAGCAACCCUAGCGCGACCAAGGUCGUCGUCACGAUGGAGCACACGGACAAGAAGGGCAACGCCAAGAUUGUCAAGCAGUGUGCUUUCCCCUUGACCGGCAGAGCCUGCGUGUCAAGAAUCAUUACCGAACUGGGUGUUUUCGAUGUCGACUUCGCGCACGGCCUGACCCUUAUCGAGAUUGCGGACGGCGUCACGGUGGAUGAAAUCAAGAGCAAGACCGAGGCGCCGUUCACGGUUGCCGACGACCUGAAGCCCAUGUUGUAA